AUGUCCCGAAAACCUCGGCCGCCCUCGUUGGCGGAAAUUAACGCCAACUCCCUGAGUUUGCAGAAGAAAAACAAGCCGGAGAAUCUCGACCUCCGCGCAACUUCCAAUUUCAACGUUCUGCACGAGAGGGAUGAGGAGGAUUUUGAUGACAUUCGACCGUUCCUGAAUCGAGUCCGAGCUUGCAAAAGUUCGGCGGAGAGUUCGCUGGAUUCGCCGUUGUUUCGGCUGAGGACUUCGUCGCGGUGCUCUGGGAAGUUUGUGAGUUUUUUUUACGGGGAAUUUGGCCAAGAAAAAAAAUAAAAAAAAAAAUUCAAUUUUUGCUUAAAUUUUGUUUUGAUUUACAUAUGACGACGGCCAUUUUGGAAAUUGAGUAUGUAGUCAAAAAAAUAUUUUUAAAUUUUUAAAUUUUUGAGCUAGCUCAAAAAUCAGUGCUACUUUGAUGACUUUCUACCAAAUCUGCCUUAAUUUUUUCUCUGACGCUCACUAGGCUGUAAAAUAUUAUGCGAUUUAGACAUGAUAUUCUAAGCUUAUGGAUGACUAGAAAACAAAAGGGACUCGUCUGGCCAUAAGAAAAUAAAAACAGCCCGGGCACCAUAUUUUUACAGGUCCUAGGACACCUUGUUUUUACAGAUGAAAUUCUCAAAGUUAUAGGCUCGCGCUGCUGAGGUUUUAAAUCAGAAAAUUUGCCGAAAAAUUGGUACUUUUGCUGGCUUAUGUAUAAAGAAAUUCAUCAUUGUUUUUACCGGAGAAGUUGACGCAUUUCGAUGCUUCCCUUGUUAUUUCCGAACACUGUAUAAUAACCCUUAAAAUUUCAGAAUGUAAGCUCCCCUUUGACCAGGAGUUUCAAUUGCGAGUCGCCCCACUCAUUGCCGCAGACCUAUUGCAAUGAAGCAAUGGUAAGUAUAUAUCUGUAUUUUCAAAGCCUCCCAAAAAAUCCAUCGAGGCCAACUAAGGGUUCGACAAAGAGAAUUCAUUCAGGGAAGACUCGAGACGAAUCUUGCAUGCCAAACUCCCCUCAUAGUGCUCUUAUUAUUCCUUCUCUCGGAACCAUUUAUUAUUUUUUGCUAG